CUCUACCUACCUUACCUACGUGCCGUACCUAAUUACCUGCCCAACCUGCCUACUAACUUACUACCUGCGUACGUACUGCGGAGCGACCUCAGUAUUGUCCCUUCUCUUAUUCUCCGAACUCAAUCCUCCCUGCGACCAGCGCUUCCUUUUGCUUCGUGCCCACAUCCCGUACUUGUUUCUCCUUGCCCUUGGUACGGACCGCCCGCCUGGGACCGACAGACCAACCCUAGAUCAUGGGACUGCGGCUGAAUCCGAGUUGAAAUGGUGCCGUCGCAGCCGCUGCCGGAUCACCUGCAGGAUCCGCUCAGAUUCUCGCCCCGGUCCGUUUCAAGACUCGACGAAGAGGAUGAGGACGAGUCCAGUUGGGACCGAACCCUCCGUCCCGCUCUUGACCCGCCCCAUCGUCCUUCGCACUCGCGAGACUCUUCCGCCGACAAGAUCUCCCAGCCGCCCCCGACUUUGACAUCGCCGCGCAUCCACGCACCGCACUCGAGAGGAGGCUUCGGCGGCGUUGUCGAGCGAGUCGUCGAUCCGAAAACCGCAAACUACGGUCACCACCGCCAAACCUCCAUCGUCCACGGCAUCCAGCACUCGAGAAAUGGCAGUUUGGCGAGCACCAAGUCCAGCCCCCUCAGUCCGCAAAUGAUUGCCGCCGCCGGUGCCAGUCUCGACCGCCUCGACCGCCCGGACAUGCAGUCUGUAACUGCCCGCAUCGACGGCGAUGGCGGCUACCCAUCGCGGCCGCCUACAUCUCUUUCUGGCACCACCAUCCAGAUGGACCGCUCCGCGUCCGCCGCCGACUUGUCCCCUCAUAGCGCAACCCAGCGCAAGCUCGAACGCAUGCACAGCAAGUCGUCGAGACGUGACCACGCUCCUCAUCUCUCCCAUUCCUCUCGUCACCACAAAGAUGACCAAAAGACGGUUGGCGAGUAUGCCUUGCACGUCUUGUUCACCUCGUUCAUAGCACAAGCUGAGGAAAAGCUGACGGAGUGCGUCACGGUGCCAUUCGACCCCGAACCCCAUAUCGAACAAAUCUGCGGACCCGGAGUCGAUCCCGCAUUCGACCAGUUGAUCGUCGCCCUCGGCCACAUUGCGAGCCCCAAGCCAAAGGCCCUUAUCGAUUCAAUGAUGCUAUGGAGGAAAAGCAAGAGCGAUGCUGCCAACGAAGCUCGCAGUCACCUUCAACAGUCGCGAGGCAUAAUACCAGGAGCCCCUCUUUUGCGAAGGAACACAGAACCAGUACAACAGGCUGGCCCCCCGGGCUCUGGAGGGGCUGACGGCGUCUUCCCGAACGGACCGCCAACCCUCGCCGCGAGGCAAGAAUUCGUUGCCCAAGCUGAACGCCGAUCAGCCGUUUCAAUAUACAUCUUGUGUCGGGUCUUGCUGGAGGUAAUAAGUCAGAGCAGUCUGGCCUGCAUCACACCCGAAAUGGAGGACAAGCUGGAAAGCAUCAUUUUCGGACAACUUAAGAUUGCUGAUACUGAGCAAUUGAUGCUGUCACCUCUGAAACUUGCCAAUUGGAACCUAUUUGCGCAGCUCCUCGGCUACAUGAGUGGCAUUAACUUCGCCAGUGUCACUCGGAGGUUCAUCGAAGACCUGGAUAGUUCCCUCCAGGAGCGAGUGGUAAAAAGCCCAACGUCGUCCUCGGGGCGAGAUGCCGAGGGAAAGGUCGAACUCGUCUUGGGUGGCAUGAAGCACCUAAGGGUCAAGGUCUCACCGGAAGAGUCAUGGGAACAGUCCUGCGAUUUUUUGAUCUCAUUGGGCCGCCUCUUUAACAAAUCCCAUGGCCAAAGGGUUAAGACUGCCUUUUGCCAGGUUCUGGAUAUGUUGCUGCUCCCAAUUGCUGCAAAGGCCAGCAACAGCCACUUCAUGCAUCCACGAUGGGCCGAAGUCCUCUCCGCCAUCGGGCCUCGCCUUGCUCAAAUGUUCAUGAAACCGCGACACUGGAACAUCGCAUUCCCCCUCACUGCUACAAUGCUCUGUGUUUCUCCUCCAGACAAUUUCGGCACCCAAUGGCUUCAACUUAUCCUCCCCCUGCAGACAAAGGCCAAGGAUCGCUUCACGAAGCCUCUUUGUCUCCAAGUUAUUUCUCGACUGCUCUGGACUUACCUAUACCGCACAAAUGAUACCCCUUCGAACGCCAUUCGAAAGAUGGACGAGAUUAUGAAAUUGGUCCUGCCCUCGUCGAAACGCAGUUUGGUAGCCUCCGAUACCGUCUGCACCGAGCCCUUGAUCCAAAUCAUUCGUUUGAUUGGAUUCAAGUACCCGGAAUACUGCUUUCGAAAUAUUGUUUUCCCGCUCGUCAAUGCUGAGUUGUUCACCUCGAAUAAAGAGUUAAAAGUUGAGCAGCUAGACCCUGACAGGGUUGUUGUUGGUAUCAGAGCUUUCCUCUACAUCAUGUCCGACUUGGAGAAGGGAGAGCAGGGUCAACCACCCUUCCCACAAUCCUACGAAACUCCUGUCGCUUCUCUAGAUCGGUUUCCCGUCUCUCCCGCAGUCUCCUCACCUCGCAACUCCCCCUUGUCAAACCCCACGACCACUCCUAAAGAAGAAUACGUCACGCGUCCCGUGCUGACUCAUGUUUUGAGUGACAAUGUACGGGAAUACUAUCUCAAGUUCUGCGAAAUCCUCGGGAAAAUCACCAUAAUCUGCGAUAAUACAUUCGGUGGCCAGGCUGCAUUAGAUGAGAAGUUCAACAGUCCAGGCCCCAAGACCCCGAUUGCCGAGACUUUUACCUUCUCCCGCAAAGACGACCAUCAAAAUGCAUCAGAUCAGAAACAAGCAUUCUAUGAGCUUCUUCAUGUCGCAGUGCAGGCGUUACCCCGUUGCCUCUCUGUUGACAUUCCUUUCAAUUCACUAAUCAACUUACUCUGCACUGGCACAGCUCAUGUGCAAUACAAUAUUGCCGAGUCAUCCGCCAACUCGUUGAAGGCAAUCGCUCGACAUUCCCAUGCUCAGCAAGUGACAAUGGGCUUCGCUCGAUUCAUCUUCAAUUUUGACGAUCGCUACUCAACUAUGUCGGACGGAGGGAUGCUUGGUCACGGCCACAUCGAGAACACUCUCAGGCUAUAUGUAGAGUUGUUGCAAAUAUGGAUCGAGGAGAUCAGGUGCAAGACUAGAGAGGCCUGGAUGGAUCAAUCAGACACCACUGCCUCGGAUAAGAGGGGCCUCAAGCUCGAUCUCUCUAGCAUCUGGGCCGAGGUUGAUCAAGCGGAGGCCCAUGGUCUGUUUUUCCUUUGCUCACAGUCCCGACGUGUCCGUCACUUUGCCGUUACAGUUCUCAGACUCAUUGUUGAGUUUGAUAUUGCUCUUGGGAAAGAAGUUGAGGAGGAGAAGGACAAUAUGAGGCUUAUCGACAUCCUGGAGAACGAGUCUAGCAAGGUGAUGGACUUCAACGACGAACAGCUCUCAGUGGCGGAACGCAGUAGGUUGCAGCGAGGCCUACAGAACACCAACAACCGCGGGGCCUUGGUUGAACUCUGCGCCAGCGAUGUCUCGUACGAUACAACAUUGUGGUUCAAGGUCUUCCCCAAUCUCAUUCGGAUCGCCUACGAAACAUGCCCCUUCACCGUCACCAUAUGUCGGGACCUCAUAUGUAAUCGCAUUUUGCAGAUGUACAAGCCGAUCGUGUACCUUUCCGAGCCAUCCCGUGGCCUUUACUACAAUGGCGACCCAGGGAGCGCCCGGUUGGCUCCAAGACCCGCCACGGCGCAUCCAGAGGUCAUGGUGGAGCAGUGGAAGCUGUAUUUGAUCUUUGCAUGUACCACACUCGCAGAUCCUGGUGCUGCCCCAACUCCUAAGGAUCCUCAACAUGUCCGAAAGGGCUCGAAGCCGGUCUCCAAGGAUAAGAUUGUGACAGCACGGACGCUGUUCAAGUACUUGAUUCCUCUGCUUUCUGUCUCCUCGGGCUCUGUACGGGACGCAGUUGUCGUUGCCAUGGGAUCAAUCAAUAUUCACAUUUACCGAACCUUGCUUGAAGAACUUCAAGGUCAAGUAUCACGAUGCAACGAUAAUGCGCGUGCUCGGAUGCACCAGCGAACCAACAGUAGCCCACGACGGAACCGCAAGAUGGACUUGCUGAGAACCGAGAUUACUCACGUCUUCAAACUAACAUCACACUUCAUCAAUGAACCUGACGUGUAUAAUUCCGAUUUCUUUCUCACCAACCUCACCUCCUACACUAAAGAUCUAAAGUUGUUCCUCAUGGAUGGGGAAGUACAGAUGGACUGGGAGUUCCAAAAGCUGCGCCGCCACUACUGCGGUUUGAUGGAAGCUCUCUUCGAAGGGAUCAAUCGAACCAGAGACCCAUCACGAUGGAUGACCUUUGAGUCUCGCAAAUCCGCCUUCUCCCUGAUGGAAGAUUGGUGUGGUUUCUCGCCAAACCAAAACCAGAUACGGGCCCGUGAGGACACCAUGCGUCAGUCUCUCAUCGAUCAGCAGACCCUAGGUGAACGGGGCACUGUCACGGCAGCAAUGGAGAUUGAAAAGAGGAACCUAAGAACCGCGGCUCUUAGCUCCAUGGCUGCCUUGUGUGGAGGAUCAAUAAGCAUCACGACUGAGAGCGGUGUUAUUCUGCAGUUUGACAUUCGCCGCAUGCUGGCUUGGAUUGAAGCCAUUUUCAACUCGGGAAGUGACCGAAUGAACGUGAUUGGAAGACGAGCCUUGCAAAACCUGAUCGUCCACAACCAAGAGUAUCCUUACAUGUUGGAACACUGCAUCGCUCGAUGUUACCUUGCAGACGUACCCAAAGUACUGGAGAGCUACUUCGCGGUUGUCACACAAGUACUCCAGGAUCAUAUCGACUACCCCUGUCCAUUUUGGAAACUGCUCGGUCUCUGUCUCUUCACUCUUGGCAACGAUCGGAGCGAAAUUAGAUCUAAAUCCGCGACAGUUUUGCGGUCCUUGGAAGCCCGUCAACAGCGCAACUCGAAGGUCCAGGAUUUUGAUAUCAGCAUUUCCGACAAGACCCAGGCUGUGUACAAAUUGGCACAAUUCGAGAUAUCCAAGCGGCUUGCCAACAAACACACGGAGCUGGCGUUUCACAUCUUCUCCGAAUUCACUCUGUACUUCAAGGACUUGCAGCCCGCAGCCCAACGUAACGUCGUCGCUGUUGUGCUACCUUGGAUCCAGUCCAUUGAGCUAAAGCUGGAUCCAAAUGGUGGUCCUACAGCCCAAUCCUAUGUUCUCUUGGCUAACUUGCUAGAGAUUACCAUAAAAUCCAGCGGGGCCCUGCAUAAUGAAGUCCAGGCCCUGUGGCAAGCCCUUGCCACCGGUCCUCAUCCAGGAAACGUUCGAUUGGUCCUGGACUUCAUCAUGCAACUGUGCCUUGAGCGUCGCGAGCAGAAUUUCGUUGAAUAUGCGAAGCAAAUUGUCGUAUUCUUGUCUACCACGAAUAGCACGCCAGGCAUCAAAGUUGUCGAGUUUCUCCUAAUGCAAAUCACGCCAAAGGCCAUGGUUCCUAACGAAAAGAGAGACGCAGUCCCACCACCACCCGAUAUCAGUUUGCUCCCUUACUGCGCCGAUCUCGCUGAGGCUCUCCCAGUUGGAACCAAGCAAGCUGGUUUCUCUCUUGGACAGUUAUCGCUCAUCUUGCUUGUGGACUUGAUGGUCUCUCCAGUUCAUCUCAUCCCAGAAAACGUCCCGCUUCUCCUCCAGGUGGUCACUGUCCUGUGGGACCACUACACUCCGCUUGUUCAGGAACAAGCCCGUGAGAUGCUAGUGCAUUUGAUACAUGAAUUGGUCAUCUCGCAGGUCGAUGACCAGACCCAAGACGUGGACAAGAAGUCCAUCGAGGAUUUGAUUGACCUAGUCCGCCGACAUGAUCGCUCCGUUGUCUGGGGUUACGAGGAUAGCAACGGCAAGGUAGAUGACCACGAUAACAAGGUUCCUCCAAGUAUGGAAUUUCUCACCGCAGAAGUCAUUGGAACCUUCGAGAUGACAUUCCCGGGCAUCAAGGAGCAGUGGGGACGACUAUCCCUUACCUGGGCCACCUCCUGUCCCGUCCGGCAUCUUGCAUGUCGUUCGUUCCAAAUCUUCAGAUGUGUUCUUACAUCUGUUGACCAGUUUAUGCUUGGAGACAUGCUGGCACGAUUGUCCAACACAAUUGCAGAUGAGGACCCCGAAAUUCAGUCAUUCUCAAUGGAGAUUCUCACCACUCUGAAGACGCUGAUUGUCAAGUUGGAUGCCGAUAACCUACUCAACUUCCCUCAACUAUUCUGGACGACUUGUGCAUGCCUCGAGUCCAUUAACGAACGAGAAUUCUUGGAGGCGGUCGAGAUGCUCAAUAAGUUCCUCAGCAAAGUGGAUUUCCAGGUGCCUACUGUCCGCAGACUGCUGGCUGAUGGCCAACCAGCCCGCUGGGAUGGCAUAUUCGAAGGUGUUCAGCCCUUGCUCCACAAGGGGCUGAGAUCUUCUCUUUGCUGGCAGACAACUCUCGAUACGAUGGACAAGUUGGUCCAACUUCCGAGUGACGGCUUGAUCGGCGGCGACAACCGACUAUUCUUCUCCUUGUUGGCAAACUUUCCUCGUUUCUUGAACGAGCUGGAGCAAGACAGCCCUAGCGAGGACGCCUUGCGAACGGCGAGUCUUCUUAUGGAGGAGUCCGACCGUCAAGGAUUUGCGGGUAUUGCCGUUGCCCUACAUGGUUUUAUUUCCAAAACGUCACAGAGCAGCAGCAAAGACUUUCUCGUGGAGUUAUGGGGCUCCCUACGAGAAUACUUCCUCCCCCAUUUGGACUUUGAGAUGGUCACGUUCCUGAUUGGGCUACUCACCAACUCCUUGUCCUGGGUCAAGAUCCAGACGAUGCGAAUUCUCUGUGUGGCAAUUCCCGAGGUGGACAUGCGGAAGCCUGAGCUCGCUGGGCAUGGAUCCGAUCUCAUCUCGCCACUCCUUCGCCUCUUGCAGACCGAGUUCUGUAUGGAGGCGCUCGAGGUGCUGGACAACAUCAUGACCAUGUCCGGGAACCACAUGGACAAGCAUCACUUGAGAAUGAGUAUGACACGAUCAACAUCGAAGGCCAUCCGGAAGGAGUAUGAGCGCACGCAGAGUCUAUUUGGUAUUCCUGAGGCAUCUGGCUGGGCAAUUCCAAUUCCCGCAAAGAAGACGGAUGCCACGCGUGCGAACAUUCAUGCCGCCUUCUACACAUGCCAGGGAUCAGAGGGCAUGUUACCAGAAGCCAACCCGACACCCGAAGUCGAGUUCCACACCGACGACUUCCCCUAUGGCUACUUUGGUGCAUCAGAACGGACCGAAACGAUGAUGUCCGAUGAAGGUCGUGGCGACGUCCACGUCGGUGACCUGGUGACAAAGCUGGAUAGUCUCGACGAUUUCUUUGACGAACCAUCAAGCCCAACGACAGAUGACGACCGACGGUCCUCGAGAACCAUUACCGAGUUCACUCCCGAGUCGUUUGAAUCCGGUGCAGAGUUGUAUGACGAACAAAUCCUGCCAAUUUUGCAUGAAGCGUCGAACAACACGUCAUUCCAGAACGGAUUCGCAGAUCGUUCUCCUGUGCUUUCAAGAGAAGUGAGCUCCAACACUAUGAAUCCCGGCGCCUUCAGCGCUAUGGGGCCUACUUCUAUGCGACCGGGUCUUCAUUCACGUUCUAUCACGUCGCCAUCAGCCCCAGCAUCCUACCAACCACAGAUAGGGGAGCUCGCUUCAGAUGACGAGUAUGUGGGAGGGUUCUCCGAUGCCGACGACGAGAGGCCCAACACAGGCCACACAGAGAGCGCUUUCUCCCUAGAGAGUAUAAUCAAUCCUCCCGUGCGGAGGCCGCAGUCCAGGAUGCGACGCGUGGCACAGAGUAAAUCACGGGAUGAGCGGUCGAGGGAAAAGGCACCGCCUCAACCAGCGACGCGAUUGGCGAACACCAUACUUCCACCUAAUAUGACAAACACUGGAGAUAUGUUAUGAUGGUGGAGAUGAAUAGACUAUUUAUCUACGGCCUGGAUCUGUCCAUUUUCAAUGUUUUUGGUAUAUAUCUUAAUUACAUGAUGAUGAGCGUGUAUGAAGGCGCUAGAUGAAUAGGAUAAGCAUAAUGGUGAAUCAUGACCCGUAUUAUUGGAGAGGCGUUAGAGGAGGUGUUGGAAAAAUCAAUGAAUACAAUAGACAUAUGAUCGCA